AUGCCCAUACCCUCGUACCCCGCGGGACUGCGCAGACACGAGGGGCGUAUACCGGCGGGGAAUCACCGUGGCCAAUCUACAUUUCUGUGCCCCAAGUUUCGACAAGGAGCUCGCGAAGACGCUGGGUCCUCGGGAAGGCCUGAGCGCCCUUCCUGCUUUGCAAUCGGCGGGAAGCUUCCUGGGCCGAGGGGACGGGAGCUGGGUGAAGGAGCAGCACUUGUACCUCUUGCGGCACAUCCUCGGCGCGCCCGGAGGAGGCCAGGCGGAGAGCUCCGGGCUCCAGCGCCUUUUUGGGCCGUCCGCCUCCACGCCCGCCCUAACUGCGGCGCAGCCCACAUUGGUUACCCCAGCGGCCCGUCCGGCCCCCGCACGCCUAUUGGCGGCCGAGGCCCGACCCCCGACGAGGGCUCCGAGGCGGAGAGCCGGAUUGGUGGUCCCAUCGUCCCGGGUCGCAGUCGCACGCUCCGCCCGCCGCUGCGUCCCCACUAUGGCGGCGCCCAUACAGUCCAGCGCUUCGUGGGCGCCAGCCGGGGUUCCCCGCGGCUGUGGCCGCUGCCUGCGCCUUCCUCCCUCGCUUGGGGCUGGGCGCUGCCUCUCCCCGGCCUGCCUCUCGGCUGCGAUCAUGUAGACAAUUGUAAAUCAUGUGAAGAUGGGACUCCUGGUAUUUGUGCGCAAUCUGCUGCUAGCCCUCUGCCUCUUUCUGGUACUGGGAUUUUUGUAUUAUUCUGCGUGGAAGCUGCACUUACUCCAAUGGGAAGACUCCAGUUGAAGAGAUUAAAAAAGAUUAAAUCAGAACUGCUUGUGAGAUUCAGUGGUUCUUUCCUUUGACUCCGCUGGACAAACACUAGGCUCAGAGUAUGAUCGGUUGGGCUUCCUCCUGAAGCUGGACUCUAAACUGACCCAGGCUGCCUUCUUCUGUGAAUAUUCAUUGCCUGAUGAGACUGCAGCUAAGACUGAAUCCCUGACCUCCAGAAUCUCACAAUUCAUCUGUCCCUAGAACACUGAAGAUUGGAAGACUGAUGGCAUCUUGAAAUUCUGAAGUUCCACUCCUCAUGCCUAUUGCCACUCCAUGUACAUUUAUUAAUCUCCUGUGGAGUUUAUCAGGCAGUUCCACCCGGCAAUACAGCACACUGGUGCAAGAUAAUGACAAAGAGAGAAAAUCCUACAGUUCAGGAGCUCUGGGAACCAAUGUUAUUCAUGGAACUAGAGGCCAUGAAUUCCAAAAGUUCAUGGCUUUUAUCAGUAUCAAUCAGAGAUGUGGGUCGGGGUCAUGGCUGAGCGUUUAGAAAGAGACACUUUGCAGGCAUUGGCUGUACCAGCCACAGAGGCUCUCCAAUUAGACAGGAUAUUUGAUGCUUGCAAAUCUGGAACCUUUCCUUCUUGGAUGGUGUAAUUCUUCCUUAGUCCCAAUGCUUCUGCUGAGAUACUGUCUUAUGUGUUAGCCCUGGAAUUGCAGAGGCCACUCCUGGAGCCCCCAUUCCAGGUGUCAACACUGUGGAUAAUGAUUACCUGGGCUUGAUCUCAUUCUUCUAGCUGGAUAAGGAAACCACCAGCUCCAUAUAACCAGCUCAGCAUAUCUCAAUGAAUAGAGUUGAAGGACAGGCAAAGGGGCUUGUUUCUCUGGAGAGCACAGCUUGGCAGUCUCCCAUAGACAUCAACACAAACUCUCUUGUGACUCAUUCAAGUACAUGACACUUAUCCUCCUUUUACUUUUCUCUCUCAUCUCACAUUCAAUAUGUCUGUAAAGCUUAUUUGCUCUAAUUUUAAAAUAUGACCAGAAUCUGUCCGCCUUUCAAUACAUCUACUGAUGGGUCAAAGCUCUGACAUGUGAGCACAUUCAGACAUGGAUAAAAGUAUCAGAGGAGGUGAAUGGGACUUUUUAAUAUUACUUUGAAAGUAGGGCCCAAAGGCCAACUUUUAGAACAGAUAUUAUUGUCCCAUUAUCAAACUCUUCAUUUUUGAAAGGCCACACCAGGAAACAAGCACCAUCUGAGAACCAGUGCCUUGCAGGCUGCCACUGGUCUGUGGACAGUCAGUCCUCAGCCCCUUCCAGCUUGCAGGAUGACAAACAAGAAGUAUCAGUGCACCCCCCACAAUUUCCCCAACCCAGAAACACAGGCUGUCAUGAUAGCUAUCAAUGUGAAAUGCAAUUGGAUGCCUGUGGUGCUUUGAUGUUUCACUGAUAUUGCAGAUAUAGGGCCAGUGGUCUGAUCGUAGGUUCAGGGGAUAGCUGUACACAAGGUGACAGCUAGAGAGGAUCUCCUUCUGAGGGUUCCAUCCAUUGUUGAUUCUCUAUGGUCUAGUUUUGAAAGUCAUAUAUUAUUUCCAUUCUUUUGUUGGGUUAGGUUUUAUUCUCUCUCUCUUUUUUUUUUUUGAUUAUGUUAAGUCGGAUGGCAAGAGCAGCUGUUUCAAAGACAGCAGUAUGUAUUAUGGUAGCAAUUUUGGAUUUACUAUUGGCUUGUUUUGAAUUUCUUUAUUGCAUUUAUUGUUUUUAUUGUUUGUAUUUUACUCUGUUCUGUUUGAUUUUUACUAUGUCCAAAGAUCUCUUCAGCUAUUUUGAAGACAACAAAAGGCAUUCUGUUAAUUAUUGCUGAUUUUGUAAUGUAUUAAAAUGUUGUAUCACUUA